CGGGAACCGGGCUGUGGGAGGAGGACCUUCGCCGUGGUGGGGGGGGGGCGAGAUGAGCAUGGUGCUGGUCGAGGUGGUGCUGGGGCUCUUGUUGGUGUCCGGAAGGAGCGCGGCGGAGCCUCCGCGGGAUUCCUUGCGCGAGGAGUUGCUGCUCAGCCCGCUGCCCUCCGGGGAUGUGGCCGCGACCUUCCAGUUCCGGACGCGCUGGGAUUCCGACCUGCGCCGAGGAGACGUCUCUCAUUACCGGCUCUUCCCUAAAGCACUGGGACAGCUCAUUUCCAAAUACUCAGUGCGCGAGUUGCAUCUCUCCCUCACUCAGGGCUUCUGGCGCACUCGGAGCUGGGGGCAGCCUUACUUGCAAGCUCCUGCUGGGGCUGAGCUUUGGGUCUGGUUCCAGGACUCUGUCACUGAUGUUGACAAAGCUUGGAAAGACCUGAGUAAUAUCCUCUCAGGUAUAUUCUGUGCCUCUUUGAACUUCAUUGAUUCUACCAAUACUGUCACUCCGACAGCAUCCUUCAAACCUCUGGGAUUGGCAAAUGUUACAGAUCAUGAGUUCCUACGAUAUGCUGUCCUGCCUCGUGAAGUUGUCUGUACUGAGAACCUCACCCCCUGGAAGAAGCUGUUACCAUGCAGCUCAAAGGCUGGCCUGGCUGUUCUGCUGAAAGCUGAGCACUUGUUCCACAGCAGUUAUCACUCUCAGGCCAUGCACAUCCGUCCCAUCUGCAGGGAUGCCUCUUGCCUGAGCGUGUCAUGGGAACUCAGACAGACUCUCACUGUUGUCUUUGAUUAUUUUGCCAGUGGCCAUGGAAAGAAAGAUUGGUCCCUCUUUAAGAUUUUCUCGCGCACUCUUACUGAAGCGUGCCCUCUGGCAUCCCAGAGUAAGGUCUAUGUUGACAUUUCCAGUAGAGGCCAGGAGAAACAGCUUCUAGAGGUUUCCCCAGCUCCUUCAUCUGUACAUGAAGCAUCUGUUCAAGGGGACAGGAGAACUUAUGCCGUAUAUGACCUCCUGAAUCCAGCACUCUUCAAUGGGUCUCGUAGCCUCAACGUCCAGUUAAAGUGGAAGAGACCACAAGAUGUCUUGGAUUUGCCAGCACCUGUUCUCCAUGCUCAGCGCUACGUGAGUGGCUAUGGUCUUCAGACAGGAGAAAUCAGCACCCUAAUUUAUAACUCACACCCGUACAGGGCUUACCCUGUACUACUGCUGGAGACAGUGCCCUGGUAUCUGAGGCUCUACAUCCAUACACUGACCAUUAUCACAAAAGGAAAGGAGAACAAGCCAAGCUAUAUCCACUAUCAGCCGGCUCAGGACCGACAGCGGCCCCAUCUCCUGGAGAUGCUGAUUCAGCUGCCAGCAAACUCUGUCACAAAGAUCACCAUCCAGUUUGAGAGAGCCUUGCUGAAGUGGACAGAAUAUACUCCUGACCCCAACCACGGCUUCUAUGUGAGCCCGUCUGUCCUGAGUGCCAUGGUACCAAGUGUAAUUGCAAUGAAAGAGGAAGAGGAAGAUCUAAGCCCACUCUUUGCUUCACUGUUUCCUUCUUCUGAUGGCUCCAGCUAUUUUGUGCGCCUUUAUACAGAGCCACUGCUGGUGAACCUGCCGACACCAGACUUCAGUAUGCCAUACAAUGUCAUCUGCCUGACUUGCACUGUGGUUGCUGUGUGUUACGGCUCUUUCUAUAACCUGCUGACCAGGACCUUCCAUGUAGAAGAAUCCAAGAAGGGAGGCCUAGCCAAGCGGCUGGCAAACAUUAUCCGUAAAAUAAGAGGUGUCCCACUUCUUUGAAGGCAGCUGAUAGAAUCAUGUGUCAAGGCUUUAAGAAUUCUAUAGCUGGAACUUGGAGGGACAAAUCUGUGAAAGAGCAGGUGGCUGAGAAGAGUCUUUGUCCUCUUGUGCUUUCAUAGCUAAGAGAUCCACUGUUGCUUUUCUUGAUUGAUGCGAGUCCCAAACAACCUCUGUGCAUGGGAGUGUAAAUACAGAACAUAUGACCAAAACAGUUACUUUUUUUAAGGAGUAACUUUUAUGUCUUGUGGGAAAAGCCUGGAAAUAAAUAGUCCUGUGCCUGAAUUUCUCUUGCUUUGACCUUGCAGAACUGGAAUCAGUUCACUACCCAGUUUGGUUUGGUUUCUCUUCACAAUCAUUGGCAUCCUACUGUUGAAAUCUUUUAAGCUGCCAAAUGAAAGAUGUAGCUGAAUAAUAGAUCUUUGGAGAAUCAGGAAAAUAGUCACAAGUCAGAAAAGAAAAGAAAAGAAAGAAGAUGGCAGCUAAAGAGAAAAGGCCAGGAGUUUAUUGAGCUCCCAUUGAAUGAAAAGCCAUAGUAGUGUUAGAUUGUGCUGCUUGUGCAGGCAUUACCAUUUCACAAGCAGAGAGCAGGUUUUCUUUAGGAAAAAUCACUAUUUGUGCAACAAUGCUUAUGGGAGCAGUGCACUCCUAUGUUGCCACACUGGUUGGAUUUUCCACUCAGUAGAAGCUUAAU